AUGCAGGCCACUCCGUCCUCGGUACGCUCCCCCACCGUCUCACAACCCUUCAUCUACCCGAUGCGAUCUGCCGUCAGCAUCAAACAGCCAAAAGCCGAAGUUCCUUCAUCAUCACAGCCGCCAGACCCGGCAAUUCCCACCGCUCGCAUCGCCUCGCGCCCAGCUUCCGCCGACAGCACCAAAUCACCUCCCUCCAACCCAGACAUCAUCCACGAAGGACGCAAUCGUCCAGAAGACGUAGACAAAGACGCAGAUCGUGCCAUGGCACAGAUGAAGGUUCCAGGCAACGAGGACGUCGAUCUUCGUGACCACCUCGAGCAGCUCACCACCACGCGCUUCGAGUACGUCAAAACCGACGAGGGUCACAUGAUCCUCACGGGCCGAGGAGGCAAGCUUGCACGCUGCGAGGACGAGCCCAUCCACAUCCCCGGUGCUGUCCAGUCUUUCGGCUGCAUGGUCGUCGUGCGCAUCUCGCCCGAUGGCGAGAUGAUCGUCCGCCAGGCCUCCGAAAACUCGAUCGACAUCCUCGGUGUUUCGCCCUCGUACCUCUUCAGCCUACCUACCUUUCUCGACAUUCUCGACGAGGACCAGGCCGACUUGCUCUGGGACAACAUCGAUUCGCUCGACCAGUCCAGCCAAGAUCUCGCAGAGUCAGGUCCCACCGUCUUCCAGCUGCGCGGAUACAACAUGGCCGGCUAUGAUGAGCGCAUCGCCCAAGGCUCGCAGCGAUCGCGGUGGAACGCAUGGUGCGGCGCUCAUAUUCCCGAUCGCAGAAACGACGGCGAAGGCGAGCUCACGGUCGUACUCGAAUUUGAGCUCGUCGACGAUCUCGACAAUCCCAUCUCCACCUUUUCGCCACCCACAACCCCUCUCGACGAUCGGGAUCGCGAGUCCGGCAACGGCCCCGGCCUCGGCCUCGCCGCCGGUUGGAACAGACCUGCUGCCGCAGCCAGCUCGGGCGCAGAAUCGCCUUCGAUCAGCAUUGGCACUCUCUACUCGAGCAGUAGCAGCUCCACCUCUGCCACUGCGCGCGACGCUGGCCCACGCCGCGGUCUCGAGGGCCUCGCCUACACGCCUUCACAAGAUGAGCUCCGCGAAUCCACGCACGCCGUACACAAGCCGCUCAAGGCGCUCUCGCGCAUGCGUCGCAACGCCGAGAUCAAAUCGCAGACCCGCAGCCGUCGGCCUGCUGUGCUUCCCAGCGCUGGCGGGGGCGACGGCACUGGAGGCAUGCUCGACUUGUUUGGCAUCCUCAGUCAGGUCAAUGACCAGCUCGCCGCGCAGAAGGACCUCAACGAAUUCCUCAAGGUGCUCGUCGGCAUCAUCCGCGACAUCACACUCUUCAGUCGAGUCAUGAUCUACCAGUUCGACGAGGCUUGGAACGGCCAGGUCGUAUGCGAGCUUGUCGACUGGAACGAUUCCCACGACCUCUAUCGCGGUCUUCACUUUCCUGCCACCGACAUUCCAGCUCAAGCUCGUGCGCUGUACAAGAUCAACAAGGUCCGCCUCCUCUACGACCGCGACUCGCCCACCGCACGCAUGGUAUGCCGCGAUCAGGCCGACCUCGACUUCCCCGUCGACAUGACCCACGCCCUCAUCCGCGCCAUGUCGCCCAUUCACAUCAAAUACCUCGCCAAUAUGGGCGUACGCUCCUCCAUGUCGGUCUCCAUCACCGCCUUCGGAGAGCUCUGGGGUCUCAUCUCGCUUCACAACUACGGUGCGCACGGCAAGCGCGUCUCGUUCCCCAUCCGACAACUGCUUCGCCUCAUUGGCGAAUCCGUCUCGAGCAACAUUGAACGACUCAGCUACACGCGCAGGUUGUCGGCGCGCAAGUUGAUCAACACGUUGCCCACCGAUCAAAAUCCGAGCGGUUACAUCAUCUCAAACGCCGAGGACCUCUUGACGCUCUUCGAUGCCGACUACGGUGUCAUUGCCGUCGGCAACGAGGCCAAGAUCCUUGGACCCCUCAAUGCUAGCCAGGAGGUGCUCGCGGUGACCGAGUAUCUGAGGCUGAAGAAGUUUGAGCACCUCGUCACUUCGCAGGACGUGCGCCGCGAUUUCCCCGAUAUGGUCCUGUCUACGGGCCUGCACGUCAUCGCCGGUCUCUUGGUGGUGCCGCUGUCUGGCAGCGGUGUCGACUUCAUCGCUUUCCUGCGCAAAGCGCAGCUGCGCCACGUCAACUGGGCUGGCAAGCCGUUCAAGGAGGGCAAGGAGGGCGACGCCGCGCUCGAGCCACGCAAAUCGUUCAAGGUCUGGUCCGAGACCGUCGAGGGGACGUGCCGUGCCUGGAAGGAUGAAGAGCUCGAAACCGCCUCGGUGCUCUGCCUCGUCUACGGAAAGUUCAUCUCGGUCUGGCGUCAGCGUGAGCAAGCGCUUCACUACAACCAGCUCAACCGUCUGCUGCUCUCCAACGCGAGCCAUGAGGUGCGCACACCGCUCAACCACAUCAUCAACUACCUCGAGCUGGCGCUCGACAGCAAGUUGGAUGACGACACGCGCGAGAACCUCAGCAAAUCCCACAUUGCCUCCAAGAGUCUGCUGUUCGUCAUCAACGACCUGCUCGAUCUCACAAAGCAAGAGAUCGGCAACGAGCUGCUUCUGCAGGAGCCGUUCGAUCUGGCAGCAACGGUUCGCGAGGCGGUCGAGAUGCAUGAAUGGGAGGCCAAGCGACGCAAGAUUGACUUUUCCGUCUCGACCGAUCCGGAGGUGUGCAUGGUGCUCGGCGACAAAAAUCGCGUUCGUCAGGUCAUCACCAACACCGUCACCAACUCGGUCAAGUACACGCGAGAAGGCCAGAUCACCGUGACGAUGCGCAAACGCAGCGACGACGAACGCGAGGCGGACUUGCCUCCCGGCUGCGACAUGGAGGUGGAGCUCGUGGUCGGCGAUACGGGCGAAGGAAUUCCGCAGGAGAAGCUUGAGGUCAUCUUUAGGGAGUUUGAACAGGUCGAAUCGGUGAUUGCUCAGCCGGGUCGUCAGGAUGCUUUGGAGCCCGAAGGAAGCGAGUCGAGUCUCGUGCGCACCGAACCUUCCGACGGCGGUCUCGGUCUUGGCCUGGCCAUUGUAGCACGCGUCGUCAAAAACCUCGGUGGACAGCUGCGCGUCGAUUCGCAAGUGGGCGAAGGGACCACAUUCACCUACUACAUCCCCUUCUGCUCUGCUGAGACUACCACGCCGACCGAGAUGCCGGCCGUCGCGGGCAGUGGCGCCAGCGGCACGAAGCGCAGCAGCGAUACUGUAUCGAUGCGCCGCUCGGCCUCGAUCGGCAGUGGAAGUGCCAGCUCAGCGGGCAAGAGCGAGAUCGACUCGCUCGUCGAAGCCAUCCAGCAACCCGUGUUGCGCGAUCAGGGCGUUAUUGAAGAUGCCACGCAGCAGAGGCGCAACGCAGAUGGAACGUCCCCUAUUUACAACGGUCCGAGGAAUGUCGCGGCGGGUCCGCGCCCUGGUAUUGCGAGUCAACGCACACGCUCUUUUGACAGCGGCUCACAUUUCGUCGAGGGAAGCGGCAUCCCCGUACGCUCGGUCAAAAUCGAUCCGCAGGCCCUCGAUGUCAACGAUCGUGCCGAUCGUCGACCUCCCGCCACUUCCGCCUUCAUGUCCAGCGCUACCACGCACGCAAGACCGGCUCGAAGCAGUCACACGAGCGACGCCGAGUCGUUCAAGGCCGAAGUCGAGCAACGUGCCCGCGAAAAUGUCCCGACGCUGGAUCAAGACACAUUUCGGCUCAACGCUGGCAAGCUCCGGUCUGGACAGUCUGGCGCUGCCGCAACCACCACCGCCGCCUAUGACAAUGAAUCAUCCGAUUCACCCGUCUCUCCAAGAACGGUGGCGAAGGACGACGCGUCUGCUUCACACACCGAAGCGACCACUCCCGAGUCUGACGACACGCAGAAUGCCAAUCACAAGGAAGCACGUCGUGGAUCGUCGUCUUCGACGGCAGCACGGCGGAGGAUGGCGGUGAUGCGUGGACUGCACAAGGCACCAGGAGGACGUAGCGGAGAAAAGAUUGCUCCUCUGCGCGUGCUCGUGGUGGAGGACGAUCCGAUCAACCGGAUGAUUCUCAAGAAGCGGCUCAGUAUCGAUGGACACACGACGUUGCUGGCGGUCAACGGCGAGGAGGGGGUGCGGCAGUUUGAGCAGGAUGCCAAGGAGAUCGAUGUGAUCCUGAUGGAUCUCCAGAUGCCCAUCUGCAACGGGCAGGAGGCGUGCAUCCGUAUCCGCGAGCUCGAGCGCAAGUGGGCUGAGGCCGGGGAGCGAGCCGAUCGACCUGCUUCGCAGGUGUUGAACGGCCGUGUGCCCAUCCUGGCGGUCUCUGCGACGCUGGUGCCGCAGAUGCGCCAGGAGAUGGUGGACAUCGGCAUGGACGGCUGGCUCUUGAAGCCGAUCGACUUUGCGAGGCUGGGUGCGCUGUUGAAGGGGUUGCUGCAUCCGGAGGAUCGGGCGGCGAACCAUUGGAGGCAGGGGUAUGUGUGGGAGAAGGGCGGGUGGUUGUCGGAGCCUGCGCAGAGGGACGUCGUCGUGGCGGUCGGAGGUCAGGAGGUUAGCGAGCCAAGUGCGUAA